AUGCAUCUUUUCCAUUAUCACCAAUUUAUCUUAAUUUUUGUGACUGUUAUCCAACACUGUAAUGGAUUCUGGUGGUCUCUUGGACUACCGUCAUUUCAAUUAUGGUCAUCAUCACAUCGAUCAAUCGAACAAAAACAAUUCUGUACAUCGUUAACAUUUCUAACCAUUGAACAACGUUUCUACUGCGAAAAUAAUUCGAAAAUCUUUUCGAUUAUCAUCCGAUCACUACGUUUGGCUAUCGACGAAUGUCAAUAUCAAUUCCGAAAUCAACGAUGGAAUUGUUCACUCUUCAACCAACCUGAAAUGUUCGGAAAAUUGAUCGCAAGAAAAACACCUGAAGUUGCUUUCAUCUAUGCACUUACGUCAGCGGCUGUCAUGCACAAUAUCGCUAAAGCUUGUGCGAAAGGCGAGCUCACCGAAUGCGGUUGUGAUAAAAGUCAAACAACAAGCCGAGCCGCACGCGCUAUGGUAAAAACACCUUCGAUCAAUGCGGCAGCCGAUGGAUUUGAAUGGGGCGGAUGUUCAGAUGAUUUAAAAUUCGGUCGUAAUGUUAGUUUGUCGUUUAUUGAUCGACAAGAGAUGUUUAUUAGUCGUCGUCGUAUUGUUCGAAUGAUUAAUUUACAUAAUAAUGAAGCGGGAAGACAGGCUGUCGAACGUAAUGUUCAAUUAACAUGUAAAUGCCAUGGUGUUAGUGGGUCAUGUACAUUACGUGUUUGCUGGCGUACAUUGCCUGAUUUUCGUCUUAUUGGUUCGGAUUUACGAACAAAAUAUGCAAGUGCAACACAAGUUCGACUCAAUCGCCGUUUAAAUCUGCUCAAACCGCGCAAAACUUCUCAGAAAGACUUCAAUACAACCGAUCUCAUCUAUAUUCACACGUCACCAUCUUUUUGUGAGAAGAAUUCUCGUCUUGGCUCGUUAGGCACUCAAGGACGUGAAUGCAAUUUAACCCGAAAUGAACCUGGAAGUUGUUCGGUUCUUUGCUGUGAUCGUGGAUAUGAAACCAUCGUGUCAACUAUCGAAGAAGAUUGUGACUGUCAGUUUCAUUGGUGUUGCGAAGUGCGUUGUAAACGCUGUGUAAAACGAAUCGAAAGACAUUUCUGUAAAUGA